AUGUUUCGAAGUCGAAACGUGGCUGCUUUAGCAGUGCUCGCACUAUCCGGAUCGUCGCUAAGUAAGCCAGUUGCAGGCGGAUCAUGGGUUGGUGAGACUUGUAUCUGUCCACCUUCUGAUUGUCCACCAGUUGUCACCUCCUACACCACCAUCACGACUACUCCUGUUCAAACUGUCACUAUCACAAAAACUAUCAGUCAUGAAGUAACCCCUCCAGCAAACACAACUGCCAAUCCAAGCACGGGCCCACCAGGGGUACUAUCUUCACCGAUUGCCAUUUAUACCCCUUCCACUACUGCCCCACUCGAAACCACCGUCAAGACGACUACAAUAUCUGGCUCUGAGAUACUUAUCACCAGUACUAUCACACCCAGUCAACCUCCACCGCAGAGUACUAUACCUUGCGAAACGAUCACUCAAACUAUCACAACUUCAGGAACUGUCGUUGUCAUAACCACCACUUUCACACCUAGUCAGCCUCCUGCCCAGACUGUCACAUCAGUAGUUGGAACUCCAAUAAUUACUACUGUACCUGGAUCUACCAUCAUGACCACUAUACCUGGCACGAUCAUCACUUCAAGCAUUUCUGGAUCAGUCAUUGUUAUCACGAAGACUAUCCCACAAACUACUGAAACCACUGUCAUUCCUUGCGAUUCGACCUUCACGGUAACUCAGACAGGAACAGUGGUCAAAACAACUCGUCCUGUCUCUACAAUCAUCUUCACAGAAUCUGGACACAUUGUAACGUCCACGUAUUUACCAUCAACCUUAUACGUGACGUAUACAUCUAAUAUCUACACCACUGUUAUAACAGCUACAACGAUCACGAAAACUAUUUCGGCAAGCACGCUAACGAUCACUAAGACUGGUGAAACCGUUCAAACCACUCUUCCCGGUUCUACCUUCGUCACCACAAUUCCCGGAUCUGUCAUAACUUCAACCGUCACGCCUAUUCCAGCCACUACAGCCCCGCCCUCGUCAACAUGUCAAUAUGACCCAUGCCUCAAACAAAUGCUGGAAUCCUCAGCCGUUACUUCAUUCUGCGCUACCUACACAGCAAGUGUUCACAUGAUUCCAAUUUCCCUCCCAGCCUGCGUCUCUGAAUGUGACACUGCACCAGGUGCUCUCUCAUCUGCUUGCUCAUGUCUAGUCGGCCAAUAUACCCCUCCUCCAGCUGUGACUUCCACCCCUGUCACCAUUAUAACUGCCUCAACGAUUUUUGACCCAUCGUUUACACCCACGGCUUCCUCGAAGCCUCCAUGCAAACACUGUACGGAGGUUCUUACCAUUCCCCAACCCUCUAUAACCCCAUCAAAUGGCAUCUGUUCAACUGAUCUAAUUUUCUCUACAAUAACUACAACUACUACAAUCAUCCAAAUCCUUACAACGACAAGUAGUAUUCCAAUCUCACCGCCAACGGCUCAUAUUUCUAGCUCUCCAGGUCCUUCGAAUGGUACGGCCUCAACGACAACGCUUUCUUCUGCCAGUUCUUCCACUGUUUUACUCUCGUCGUCUAUCGUUCUAUCGACAUUGAUUGCUCCCUCUUCUUCUGCGCAGAGCACUACCACAUCAUCGUCUUCCUCCAGGGUCGCAUUGUGGUAG